CUGGCUUAUAUGAUAAAACCUAAAGACUCCAAGGACUACAUGUGAAUUUUAAACAGUGCCUUAUGAAUACAGAAGUGGGUGUCCUUGCCUCCCUGUGAAUACACAUGUCAAUAAAUUGUCAUGAGCCCAGGGCAGAGCUGCAGAAUCAAUCACUGGAGACCAGAGAGAAUCACAUUAAUUCUAACUUUGACUUUCAUGACACUGCUUGUUUGUUUUUGCUGGGGGUUGGCUACGGAAGAAACAAAAACAACAUUAGGUAGACUGGUUUCAAAAGCAGCUUUUGGUUUUUGCAAGAAAAUUCUGAGCUGGCACACUAAACAGACAAUAUUUUCUUAGAUCUGAAAUCUAAGAAACUGCAUGCUUCAGGUUGGAAGUGUGAGUACAGUUUAUCUGGGGGUUACACAGAGCACCACUGCUAAAAAUGUGUGGGUAUUUCAGGGGGGAGAGAGGUGCCACUGAAAGGUUACUCCAGGAAAAUUUGUCACUCUGCAAACGCCUUCUCUGUUGUGUUUCAUUACUUUCUAGCACAUGUGAAUAUGCAGCCCCAGAGAGCCCUGACACUGGAUGUGUUUAUGCCACAUUCCUGAGGCGUUUUUGGUUACAGCUGGUGGCUGCUCUCUCAGUGUCUAUUUGGAUUCCCGAGUGGGUUGAUCCUAAACCAAACAAAGGGUGAGGAGCUGCCCAUGGCUCCUUGCUCUGCUCAGGCUGGUCCUAAAUCAGUGCAAAGGUGUUUUCAGCCAUUGAGCUGAACGGGAGUGGUUGUGGUCUGGCAUAAAACUGGAUUUAACCUCUUCUUUCUUUUUUUAAUUUUUUGUGCAGUGAAUAAGCUGAGGAAAAAAAAAAAAGUGACAUUUUCUUGAUAUUCUUUUUUCACAGUUAUCCAUACAAAGAAUUGAAAGUCCUGAAGAAUGGCUCUACCUACCUCCAAGUGUCUGGCUGGAAGUUUGGGGUUUUUCCUGUUCGUAGUCGCUUCAGUAAGCACAGCAGAAGCAGCUGUCACAUGUCCUGACAGAGAGCCUGAGUUGGAAGUGUGGAACCCAGGGCACAAUGAAGAAAACCGCGUAGAAAUCCGCAAUGGCAGGAAGGUGCUGCUCUCUUCUUCUGCGACUGUGCACUCCAUCCACAUCACUGAUGGAGGAAAACUGGUGAUCAAAGAUGAUGUGCAGCCCAUCAUUCUGCGUACAAGACACGUCCUCAUUGAAAAUGAUGGAGAGCUGCACAUUGGCAGUGAGCUGUGCCCUUACCAAGGCAAUGUGGCUAUCAUCUUAUAUGGGCGAGCGGAUGACGGCAGCCAGCCAGAUCCUUACUUUGGGCAGAAGUACCUUGGAGUCAGCAAAGGCGGCACCCUUGAGAUCCACGGAAAGAAAAAGCUCUCCUGGACUUUCCUCAACAAGACUCUCCAUCCUGGUGGCAUGGAAGAAGGUGGAUAUUACUUCGAGAGGAGCUGGGGCCACCGGGGUGUCAUUGUCCACGUCAUUGACCCAAGGACAGGGGCAGUUGUCCAUUCUGAUAGGUUUGAUACCUAUAGAGCAAAAGAGGAAAGUGUCCGCCUGGCUCAGUAUCUGGGGAGAGUUGCAAAUGGCAUGAUCCUGUCGGUCGCAGUGAAUGAUGAAGGAUCCAGAAACUUGGAUGACUUGGCCAGGAAAGCAAUGACCAAACUGGGCAGCAAGCAUUUCCUCCACCUUGGGUUUAGGCACCCCUGGAGUUUUAUUACCAUUAAAGGAAAUCCCUCCUCUUCUGUUGAAGACCACAUUGAAUAUCAAGGUCACAAAGGCUCAGCUGUGGCCAAAGUAUUCAAACUAUUCAAAGCUGAGAAUGGAGAACAUUUCAACGUCUCUUCAACGAGCGAGUGGGUUCAAGAUGUAGAAUGGACAGAGUGGUUUGAGAAGCCUGACAAAGCGAGAUCUAAGGACAUGGAGAAGCUGUCUGACUUCAAAGCUGCUCAUCCUGACAAAAUCUGCAGGCAGCCCGUUGACAUCCAGGCAAUGACUCUUGAUGGAGCAGAUUUAACCACGGAGGUUUUCUACAAGGGCGGCCACGAUUACCAAUUCCUGUGCCACGGCAAGGACCAGACAGGAGAGGGCUGCCACAACUACAGAGUCAGGUUCCUGUGUGGCAAAUCUGUGAAACCGAAGCUGACGGUGACUGUGGACACCAACGUGAACAGCACCAUCCUGAACCUGGUGGAUGAUGUGAGCUCCUGGAGCCCUGGGGACAGGCUGGUGGUGGCCAGCACUGACUACUCCAUGUACCAGGCUGAGGAGUUCCAGGUGCUGCCCUGCAGAACCUGCAAGCCCACCCAGGUCAAGGUAGCAGGGAAGGCCACGUACCUGCACAUGGGCGAGGUGGUGGACGGCGUGGACAUGCGGGCGGAGGUGGGGCUGCUGAGCCGCAACGUGCUGGUGAUGGGAGAGAUGGAGCAGCAGUGCUACGAGUACAGCAGCAAGCUCUGCUCCUUCUUUGACUUCGACACCUUCGGGGGACACAUCAAGAUUGGUCUUGAUUUUAAGGCUACCCACAUUGAAGGUCUGGAACUGAAGUACAUGGGGCAGCAGACAAUGGGGCAUUACCCCAUUCAUUUCCAUAUGGCUGGAGAUGUGGAUGAGAAAGGAGGCUACAACCCUCCAACCUAUGUGAAGGACACCUCCAUCCACCACACCUUCUCCCGCUGUGUCACAGUCCAUGGAUCCAAUGGUUUACUGGUGAAGGAUGUGGUGGGUUAUGAUGCUCUGGGCCAUUGUUUCUUUACGGAGGAUGGACCAGAGGAGCGCAAUACAUUUGAGCACUGCCUGGGGCUGCUGGUGAAGCCCAGCACUCUGCUCCCCUCCGACCGCGACAGCAGGAUGUGCAAGCUGAUCACUGAGGGAGCCUACCCGGGCUACAUCCCUAAGCCCAGGCAGGACUGCAGUGCUGUAUCAACCUUCUGGAUAGCCAACCCACACAACAACCUUAUAAACUGUGCAGCUGCUGGAUCUGAAGAAACAGGCUUUUGGUUUGUGCUGCACCACGUGCCCACAGGCCCCUCGGCAGGCAUGUACUCCCCGGGCUACUCAGAGCACAUGCCCAUGGGGAAAUUCUCCAACAACCGCGCGCACUCCAACUACCGGGCUGGAAUGAUCAUUGAUAACGGCGUUAAAACCACUCCAGCCUCUGCCAAGGACAAAAGACCUAUCCUGACUCUGAUUUCUGGGAGGUACAGCCCCCACAAGGAUGCUGAUCCUCUGAAGCCCAGGGAACCUGCAAUAAUUGAGGGCUUUAUUGCCUACAAGAAUCAGGAUCACGGGGCCUGGCUGCGAGGUGGAGAUGUGUGGCUGGACAACUGCCAGUUUGCUGACAAUGGCAUUGGGCUGACCUUGGCGAGCGGUGGCACCUUCCCUCACGACGACGGCUCCAAGCAGGAGAUCAAGAACAGCCUGUUUGUGGGUGAGAGUGGAAACCUGGGCACGGAGACCAUGGACAAUGAGAUCUGGGGGCCUGGGGGCCUGGAUCACCGGGGCAGGACCCUGCCCAUCGGCCCGGAUUUCCCCAUCCGAGGGAUCCAGUUCUACGACGGGCCCAUCAACGUCCAGAACUGCACGUUCCGCAAGUUCGCGGCGCUGGACGGGCGGCACACGAGCGCGCUCGCCUUCCGCCUCAACAACGCCUGGCAGAGCUGCCCCAACAACAACGUCACCGCCAUCCGCUUCGAGGAUGUGCCCAUUACCUCAAGAGUCUUCUUUGGAGAACCUGGCCCGUGGUUCAAUGAUCUGGAUAUGGAUGGUGACAAAACAUCAGUUUUUCAUGAUGUGGAUGGUUCUGUAUCGGAAUACCCAGGCUCAUACCUGAUCAAAGAGGAUAACUGGUUAAUCAAGCACCCUGACUGCAUUGAUGUGCCCGACUGGAGAGGCUCCAUCUGCAGUGGGCACUUUGCACAGAUAUACAUCCAAGCCUACAAGCCAGCCAACCUGAAAAUGAAAAUAAUAAAAAAUGACUACCACAAUCACCCACUCUACUUGGAAGGGGCUUUGAGCAAAAGCACUCAUUACCAGCAGUAUCAGCCAGUUGUAACUCUGAGGAAAGGCUACACCAUCCACUGGGACAAGACAGCCCCUGAAGAGCUGGCCAUAUGGCUCAUCAACUUCAACAAGAAUGACUGGAUCCAAGUAGGGUUUUGCUAUCCUAAAGGGACAACAUUUUCCAUUCUCUCAGACAUCCACAACCGUCUCUUGAAGAAAACAUACAAAACUGGGACCUUCUACAGAAGCUCCCAAAUGGAGAAACUGGAGCACAGAUACCCUACCAAGGGGUACUACUACUGGGAUGAGGACACUGGGUUGCUGUUUCUGAAACUCAAAGCUCAAAAUGAGAAGGAGAAGUUUGCUUUCUGCUCUGUAAAGGGCUGUGAGAGAAUAAGAAUCAAAGCUGUGAUCCCAAAGACAGCUGGUGUCAGUGACUGUGAGGCCACAGCCUACCCCAAGUACAUUGAGACACCAAUAGUGGAAGUGCCAAUGCCAAAGAAGCUCUCCAGUGCACAACUGAAGACCAAGGACCACCUAAUUGAAGUGAAAAUAGAAACUUACAAGAAACAGUACUUCCACCUGAGGGAUGACUUUGCAUACAUUGAGGUUGAUGGUGUCAGGUUUUUCCUCACUGAAGAGGGAAUCCAGCUGGUAGUGAUUGAUGGACACCAUGGAAAAGUUGUUGAUCGAGUGACAUUCAAAAACUCCAUUCUACAAGGAAUCCCAGCACAGAUAGAGAAUUAUGUCAACAACAUCAAAGAUCACUCCAUAGUGCUGGUGACAUCUAAAGGAAGAUUCAUUUCAAGAGGACCAUGGACUAAAGUACUGGAGAAACUUGGAGCAGGAGAAGGUUUUAGGUUAAAAGAAAAAAUGGCUUUUGUGGGCUUCAAAGGCGGCUUCCGCCCCGUCUGGGUGAGGCUGGCCACCAGUGAGGACUCAGCUAAAAUCUACCAAGCGCUGCCCAUUCCUGUGGUGAAGAAAAUGAAGUUGUGAGGACACCUUGCUGUGCCUGCUGGCCGCCAGCACCGCCCCGUGGGACGGACAGAUGGACGGACAGACGGACGGACUACUGACCGCUCUGCGCAGGCCUCGCCCGCCUGCAUCGCCAGCGUAGCAUUUUGUUGUUCUUGUUGCUGUUGAAAAAGAAAUCUCACUGUAAGUAGUAGAGUGGCCACGCGUGACAGAAGAGUCACAUGUGUGACCGGCGUGUGCUCGGGGCUGGCCAGGCCAGGCUGGCUCAGGGGACACUGAGCGAGGCCUGGGCUGUUCCUGCAGGCCCUGCUCCUGGCACAGACUGAUCCUGCUGCUGCCUCUUGAAGGGGAGCUCUUGGUCUGAAGACCAUCAAGGGUUGUUGCUUCCACCAUCCUCUCUGAAGACCAUCAAGGGUUGUUGCUUCCACCAUCCUCUAAGUUGACUUUUCCUUUCCCGUAGUGCAACUAGCUGCUCGCGCAGACAUGGGAUGCCAGUUCAAAGACUGGUUGGCAAUCAGGUUUGAGUGAUUUCCUGGAUGCUGGGAAGUGGAACUGGACAGCAAACACUUCCCCAUAAGCUUCUGUGAGGUUGGAUCAAGCUCUUUUGGGGUGUGUGUUGUACAUGCAGCCCACGGCACAUAGCUGGGGAAGAAAUGACAGAAGGAGUGGACAAAACAUGCCAGCAGAGACUGAAGGAACCACCUAUUCCUGCUUCCUCAGAAAACUGCGUUUUUCCUAUGGAUCGAGGUGUUUUAAUAGUGGCUGUGCAAAUAUGAAAUUUUCCUUCAACAAACAGCUGCAGGCUAGAAGGAGAGCAAUGUCAAUUAGCACAUGUAUUUUCUCAGCCUUUCCCAUUCAGCCUUUCCCUCUGUACAACAACAUCCAGGAUCAGUUUAUGGCUGCCAGCUAAUGCCAUCCCAGUUCAAACCUUCCAAUUUUUGACUAGGAAUACUGGGAUUCAUCUUAUUUAGCAUCAAAUAGGGUGAGCUGCCCUCACCUUUCCCAGGACAUCAGAGGGAACAGGAUCAGCCUGCUGUGUGCUGCUUUCUGAUCUUGUCUUCAGGCUUAAGAUAUUAUGUCCUGGUCCUCCUGUAAGGGUUACAUGAGACCUGGAUGAGAUCUUUCCAGGUGACCGAAGAAUCAAAGUGGGAAUCCCAAUGCACUAGUUGGAUGUCGUGUACCUCCUUUCCCCCUGCUUCAAACAAAGACCUGGGUAAUGAUGGCAGAUCAGAGUGGAUCAGGACUUUACAGGGGCAUCUCUUGAAGCUGGGAUGUUAACAUUAUAUGGUAAAACACUGGUUUUAAAAAGCAUUUCUGGUGUUCAGUGCUAUUUCUGUCAGUUGCCCCAAAAUACCACACAGGCGUUUCUGGAGGCUGUGGCUGUUCUUAGAAAUCUGAGGGCAGGGGGAAGUGUGAAAGACAUCAUGACAAGCUUUUAAAGAAUGUCAAUCUUGCCAGUAAGACUUGGGUUUAUUUCCCCACUUUAUCUCUGCCUGUCCCUACAGCCACAUAAAUUAUUCCAAUUGCUGAGGGCUACUUUGUUUAUUAAUUAGGUUUUGCUUUUUCCCCACAAUAUCAAAAAUACUACCUUGAAAUUAGACUAAAAAUCAAGGAUUUUGUUUGUCAUUCCAAAGGGUGUGCAGAUACUGGUUUAGAUAAGUUGCUCUGAUUGUUAAAGCAAGCAUGAACAAAAUUUAAGUAUACUGUAGGUUACAUUCCACUCAAGCCUCUCCUGGGUUUUGAAACUGGAAAUGUUCUUUUCAGUCUUACUACAAAAUUGUUUUGAAUUCACUGAAUGUCAUGUGUAUUGUAUUUUACAAGGAAAAAAAAAGAAAAAAGAGCCAAGUGUUCCUUCCCAGCUUCCCAACAAGAGCCUGGUAAUGAAUGCUCCUUAGGCAUUUGUGCUGUUUGCAGAGUGAAUGGGCAACAUUUGUAAAAGGCAAAUGAGCUGGGUUGUUUAUUCCUGAAAAUUCUUAUGAUAGUUUGGGGAUUUUGCAAAUUAUUCUAUGAAAGAGUCAGUCUCACUGGUGUUUCAACUGUGAUCAUCCAGAACGUUUAUCUGAUGUCCCAUGAUGGCCACAGCAAUGCCAGAUCCAUGAAGUCAAGGGAAGAGACUAACAGGAAUUCCCUGGGUCUGUCAGUUUGGGUUAUCUAAACCUUUUCCCUGCCCUGAGCCAGUGCUGUUGAUUGCAGCAGUUUUGGUGGAACACACUUGCUUCCAGGAGAUGGACCAAAGCAGGAAUAUUUCCUUUCUGAGCACUUAGUAGAUGGUGGGCAGGAAAGCCAGGCUUGGGAUAUGCCUGGAGUGGAUUUGCUUUGUACAAGCCCCAUUGCUGGGGUUGCCCUCUGCAGUGCUCCACUGGCCACAGCCAUUUCCCCUUUCCUCUAAGAGUGCAAGAACCUAGGAGCAUCCCACCAGGUGGGUCUGUCCCCUGGACUGCUUUGUUCAGCUUCCAGGAGCAUGUUUUCUUUGUGCUGAAGUGUGGCUUCUGAUUUUGCUGUUUUGGGACUUCUCAGGGUGAAAGCAUAAGACUUGGCUCUAGGAAAGAGCAUUUUCUUUUCCUUUCCUAAAAGAUCUCACCUUAUUAAGAGAGAAAACUUCAGCAGUUUGUGCUGUGAUGCUGAGCCUGGCAGGUGGGGCCUGUUUUGGAGCUGGGGAGGGUCCUGUGCUGUGAAUUCCUGCAGGGAAUCAAUCACACAGCCAGCAGAGCAUCCUGGCUGUGUGCAGGGAAAUGCCCAGGGCUCCUGGUGACAGGUGACACCCUUGUGUCCUCUGGAGACAGAAUGGAGCCUGGUGCCAUCCCAGUCACAAGAGCUCUGUGCCAAGUGACUCCUGCUCAGUCUCUGCACGUUCUAGAAGCUGCAAUGAACUCUGACCAGUGAAUUCCCCAAUUCUCAUCCCCUGCACGAGCUGCAGUGACCCUCUCUGUAAGGUUUUAUUACUGCAGAUGUUUUCAUGUUUGCCUGCACAGUUGCCAUUGGUGGAGUGGGGUUUUUUUUGGCUGCAUUUUGUUUGUUUGUCUCUUUGUUUGUUCGGAUGUUUGGGUUUUAUUGCCUCUGUUCAGUUGCUUGUUUUACCUGUCGCCGAAACAGCUGGUCCUUUUUCGGAGUUAGAUGUUUGUACAUUUUCUUAUAGACUUUCCAAUGAAAAAAAAAAAGAUAUAUUUUCUAUUAAUUUAUUACAAUGGCACUAAGACAACUAAAUUGCAGACAUAAGAAGCAUUUUUACUGGAGUUGAGCAUUGUCCAGUUUGUUAAGGAGGUUGGCAAUGUGUCUUUUCUGAUAAUCUGCUUUGCACUUGAAAGCUCUCUAUGUCCACAGACCGUGGUGGUGCAUUGACUGUCAGGUUUAUGAUGACAAGAGCUCUUGGGACGUUGUUUCCAAAAGAUUGUGGCUUACAACUGAAAUAACACGUAGUUGUUUGGAGUACACAAUGUUUAUCAAAAUAAAUAUUCUGUGCAAAUUUCUUA